AUGGAUGAGUAUCAUUAUGAUCCCUUAGAUGUUUCUCGACGCGAAAUUCGAUUGUUGGAUCUCUGCCAUGCCUCGGACGACCAGGAGGAUGGCACGAAGAGCAUCAUCAGAUGCGCAAUCUUCUCAGUCUCACUUGACGAGGCACCUUCAUAUGAGGCACUUUCUUACGCGUGGGGCUCUACCGCCAGGGUGGCUAAGAUCGUUGUCAAUGGCAAGGAAUGCCUGGUUCCUGGCAAUGUGAGCAUUGCAUUAGAGUGGUUGAGACGGAGGAAGGUGUGCACCAACAAAGGAUCAUCCCAAUCUCAUCGGCGGCUCUGGAUCGAUGCCCUUUGCAUCGACCAGGAGAAUAUUCCUGAGCGGAAUAUUCAGGUCGCAAUGAUGUGGUCGAUAUAUGCCCGAGCAUCGAGGGUUUUGGUGUGGCUCGGUGAUGCCUGUGAUGAGAGCGACCUUGCCAUGAUAUUAGUUAGUGUCUUGGACUCAGGAACAAAGCCAGGCUCUACGAUCACUCCGCCUGGGAUCCUCUUCGGAGUGGAGAGAUGCAUCAACCCCUUCAGCUCGCUUCUAAAGCUCCACGACUCCACCGAGGGCGAGCAGAUAUACCCACACAAACCGAAUGAGUGGAUAGCAUUCCAGAAGCUCAUGAAGCGUCCGUGGUGGCGCCGAGUAUGGAUCGUUCAAGAAAUCGCGGCCGCCAGGAGAGAAUCUGGCACUAUUUGGGUUGGUUGUGGGACAAUCUGGCUGCCUUGGUGGAUGUUUGAGCGGGCAGCGAAGCUCAUACGUGAGUACCUGUCUUGCCCUAGUUACUUCCAACAACUUGGACACCUUGACAUGGCCCUUUUCAGGAUAGAAUGCCUUACGGAUCUACGUUCUCGGGCUCAUAGGAACUUAGACGACAUCACUGGGUUCAUUUACCUCUUGACCCAAACACGUGACCAUCUCGCAAGCGACCCCAGGGACAAGAUCUUCGCUCUUUUAGGCUUUGUGCCUUCCAUAGGUCUGCUCCCGGACUAUACUAGAAAGGCAGAAGAGGUAUACGAGGAGGUGACUAGGACGGUGAUUGGAUCCUCCAGGAUACUUGGCAUGCUCCUCCUCAAUCGAUUUCCCAAGAGCCUUGAUCUCCCAACGUGGGUCCCUGACUUUUCGCGAAGCCAGUGGUCUUCGUCUUCUGGUUCAGUGAGUCAAGAGACUUAUAACGCAUCACAUCCCACAGGCUUCUUCGGGGCAGACGGUAAUCAGUGGGCGAACAUAAGAGGAUGCGCCCUCGACCCCAAAGAUACAGCUGGGAAACUGAGCCUGACAGGAUUCACAUUCGAUACUCCUCUCGUGAUCGACGUGGAAUGGUCCGGGGAACCGGAGGAGCAGCAAUCGAUGUUCUUCCACACAGUCCGGCGAUAUCAGCGCAGGCUGGCUGAAUUCGAUGGGAAAUAUUGUCGGGACCGCGUGGAGCAGCAUGAGCGAGACGAGGCCUUCUGGCGUACUUUGAUCUGGAACUCCGACGCAUCCGGGCGGUAUCCGGCCCCAGACAUCUUUGGUGACCUGUUCUCAACCCUUACUACCUCGAGGCACUUCCUCCUGCCUUCCAGAAAGGUCGGAAGUGAUAUGGGCGAUCUUAUCUGCAUCUUGCUCGGUUCCAAAUUUCCAGUCUGCUUGCGAAAGCGUGACUCUGACGGUGGCUACCAUUUUGUGGGUGCUGCCUAUGUUCAUGAAAUUAUGCACGGAGAAGCAUUGGCUGCACUGGCGCUGGUCUCACUGAAGGAUCAGAUUGAAAGAUCCGACAUGCCGCAUUUGCCCCUGCAAGACUUCCAAAUUUUCUGA